GUUUCCGGUAGUGGCGGCGGGAAACGGCUUGCUGGCGGACGACUAGGCCUCUGCGGAGGCGAAUCCGGCGGGAAUCGGAGCCAUCAGAACCGCCACCAUGACUGUGGGCAAGAGCAGCAAGAUGCUGCAGCACAUUGACUAUAGGAUGAGAUGCAUCCUGCAAGAUGGCCGGAUCUUCAUCGGCACCUUCAAGGCUUUCGACAAGCAUAUGAAUUUGAUUCUCUGUGACUGUGAUGAGUUCCGGAAGAUCAAGCCAAAGAACUCCAAACAAGCAGAAAGGGAAGAGAAGCGAGUCCUCGGUCUGGUGCUGCUGCGGGGGGAGAACCUGGUCUCAAUGACAGUAGAGGGACCUCCUCCCAAAGAUACUGGCAUUGCCCGAGUGCCACUUGCUGGAGCUGCUGGUGGCCCAGGGAUUGGCAGGGCUGCUGGCAGAGGAAUCCCAGCUGGUGUUCCCAUGCCCCAGGCUCCUGUAGGACUUGCUGGGCCAGUUCGUGGGGUUGGUGGUCCAUCCCAACAGGUGAUGACCCCACAAGGAAGAGGCACUGUUGCAGCCGCUGCAGCUGCUGCCACGGCCAGUAUUGCUGGGGCCCCGACCCAGUACCCUCCUGGCCGAGGGGGUCCUCCCCCACCUAUGGGCCGAGGGGCACCCCCUCCAGGCAUGAUGGGCCCGCCUCCUGGUAUGAGGCCUCCCAUGGGUCCCCCAAUGGGGAUCCCCCCUGGACGAGGGACUCCAAUGGGCAUGCCCCCUCCAGGGAUGCGGCCCCCUCCCCCAGGUAUGCGAGGCCUUCUUUGACCCUUGGCCACAGUUAUGGAAGACGCUCCACAGAAGUGUGGGCCCAAUUUCCCAGGGCUACAUUGCUACAGAUCUGUUUGUUU